AUGGGUAUCUGGGACACUAUAACCGACCUCGUCGAGGCCGCCACGCCAUGGACGACCGCUGACGCCGAGGCUCCCGCGCAGGAGGAACAGCAGGAGGAGACUGCCGAGACCAAGGAGGACGAGUCCGAGAAGGCUGAGGAGGCCACCGAGGAGCCGGCCGAGGAGGAAGAGGCCGAGGCCGAGGCCGAGGAGGAUGACGAGGAGGAGGAAGACGAGGAGGAGAUUGUCGACCCUAAGGAGAAGUUUGAGGAAGAAUGCCGCGAGUCCAAGCAGUGUGCUCCCGCCAAGCACCACUUCGACGAAUGCGUCGACCGCGUCACCAAUGCUUCGUCCAGCGACGGCCCCAAGGAGGAUUGCGUCGAGGAGUUCUUCCAUCUUGCCCACUGUGCUACCCAGUGUGCUGCUCCCAAGCUUUGGUCCGUCCUCAAAUAA